UCUAGGAAGUUAGUGACAGUGAAGAAGCAGCUGGACAUUUAUAAGUAUAAGUGUGCUUGAUAUCUAUAGUAUAUAUCUAAAAUUCUGUAGUGAGAUCACUGAAAAAUAAGAACUCACAAAAUUUAGAAGAAGCAGUUUGGAAGUUUAUCUAGGACAGAAGAAAGAAAAAGAGAGGCCAACUCCGAGACCAACACGACCUAACCAGCUCCAUCUGGUCACUUCAGGGGGAAUAUAGUCCAGCCAUUCGGAUCUAAUCAAUAUUGGGUUAGGGAUAUGAAAGCAUUUUACAGAUAUAAAUAACAUUGCUUUCUGAUUCCCCCAGUUUUUGGGAACACCUCCUUCAACAUGACAGACAGUCCCAAGGAUGAAAUUAACAUCUCUUUUACCUUUGGGGCCCUCAUCCUCAGCAUCGUCUUCCUCCUGGGUGUUCCUGGCAACCUCUUCAUUAUCUGGAGCAUCCUGGCACGUGCCCGCAAGCGCUCCGUCACUACCCUGCUUAUCCUCAACCUGGCCUUUGCAGACGGUUUUCUGAUGUGUCUGACGAUUUUCUUUAUAAUAUACCUUGCCAAGCAGAGCUGGAUAUUUGGAAGUGCCAUGUGCAAGCUGCUUUUUUACUUGUGCAAUACAAACAUGUACGCUUCUAUUAUGAUCAUUACACUGAUGAGCCUACACAGACUGGUGGCAGUGAUGUGGCCCACAUAUUUGACUGCCUGCACUCGUAGACGGAUGGUAUUACUUGUGCUCGGGGGCCUGUGGAUUGUCGUAUUUCUUUUGGCACUUCCUGCUGUGAUAUUUAGAGAAAACAGGACUCUAAAUGGGACGCACCGCAAUGUGUGCACAACUUAUCACGAGAAUUCAAAGCAUGCAGUAUUUCAGUACACACUUGAGACAGUGGUGGGGUUCCUGGUGCCAUAUAUGAUCAUAGUCAGCAGUUAUGUGUGCAUCCUCCGCCGCCUCAGACAGACAAAGUUCAAGAGAAGGAUACGAAGUGAAAACCUAAUUCAAGCCAUUAUUGUGACGUUCUGCGUUUUUUGGCUUCCUUACCACUGCAUUAACAUAGUGCAAGUUGUAGCAGCUCUUACAACAAAAGAAUCACUCAAAGAACAACUGAAGAAUUUCUUGCACUUCAGCCGUCCUGUCACCUCUGCUCUGGCUUUUAUCAGUAGUUGUGCCAAUCCGGUCCUCUACACCUUUGCUGGACGUUCCUACAUCAAAGCCGAUGGUCUGGCAUUCAUGGCCAGACUCUUUGAGGGCACUGUCUUGGACUAUGGCGCACGGAUUAACAGUCAAAACACCAAUGUCAUCAGGCUCUAAACCUCAUUGGCGCUCUUUCACAUAAAAAUCAAAUCUUGGACAAUUAAUUGGAUGCUUCUGCAUCAGUUUGUAUUGUGACUGACAUGGGGAAUAAGAAACAGCAGUCUAAAGUGUUCUUAAAUUGUUUUAAAUCCAUUAUGAAUAAACUUAUUUAUAUAUGCAGACUGCUUUCAUAUUAAGUCAACAUUUCAAGUUUGUAACAUUUGAAGAUUGCAUAGCCGUUACACAUUCAUCGGAAUAACGAUCACAUUUUAGUCAUACUGUGCAUUCAUUUUUGAAAGUAAACAAUCAUAUGCAGAA